UGUGGUGGGGGAAGGAGAGGGCCCGGUUUCGGGCUGUUGGCUUCCAGGAUGGAGGGCGGGUCUGUGUCCAACGUGGAGGUUUGUAACUUGGCUUACACGGGGCGGCUGGAGGAGCUGAAGGAGCGGCUGAGCGCCAACCGGAGCUUGGCGGAGCGCGCGGACCAGGAUAACAGGACAGCCCUACACUGGGCAUGUUCAGCUGGGCAUGCAGACAUUGUCGACUUUUUACUAAGUCUGGGAGUGCAUGUUAAUGACAAAGAUGAUGCGGGCUGGAGUCCUCUGCAUAUUGCUGCAUCUGCUGGCCGAGAUGAAAUUGUGAAAACUCUCAUUAGGAAAGGUGCUCAGGUGAAUGCUGUCAAUCAGAAUGGCUGCACGCCUCUGCAUUAUGCAGCAUCCAAAAAUAGGCAGGAGAUUGCACUAAUGCUGUUGGAGAAUUGCGCUAAUCCAGAUGCAAAAGAUCACUUGGCAUCUACUCCACUACACAGAGCAGCAUCCAAAGGAAACCUGAAAAUGAUACAAAUUCUUUUGAAGUACAAAGCUUCUGCCAAUCUACAGGAUUCAGAAGGAAACACAGCUCUCCAUUUGGCCUGUGAUGAAGAGAGAGCGGAUGAAGCUAAACUACUAGUGUCUCACGGAGCAAGCAUAUACAUUGAGAACAAAGAAGACAAGACUCCAUUGCAAGUUGCAAAAGGUGGCCUGGGUUCCAUACUAAGGAGGCUAGUUGAAGGCUAGCUCUGUCAGUCAAAUUGAAUUCCAUUCUUUGUGAAAGUACUGAAGACUUUUCACUGUCUUUAGGUUGGCUUUAACAGUCACAACUUGAAUUUUUAUUGUACUGCAUCAAUUACACUUCUCUACAUUUUCCAUGGCCAAACAAAACUUUAUAAUUUUUUGUUGCUAAGUUUAUUGUUGCUUUAAAAAAAUUUAAAGCCCUGCUUUUCCUAUAGAAAGAAUCUAUCUUUCCAUACAGGUUCUAACGAUCUUUUUAAAUACAUUUGCUUGUAAAGGAACAGUAUUCAAUAUUUCCUCAAGGCAGUUCUUGUUAACUAAGUUUAUUACUCAGUUCAAGUGUCAUCAUGGUUGUGCGAAAUAAAAUUUGGGGAGGGAGAAUGAGGACUGUGUAAAAGUUGUUUGCUUUGUUGUAUGUCUCCUUGGAAUUCUUAUUUACAGAAACCAGUUGGUUCAACCUUAUACCAAGUACAGGGAGAGUGUUACAGGAAUGGAGCAUUGUGGGAAGGCAGUGGGCUUAAUUCAGCUAAAGCGAUUAUAGACAUAGUAAGGCUGUAAACAAAAAUAGUCAAGUGCUGUGGCACCUUAACAGAUUAAAAGGGUUACUGCGCCAUGAACUUGUGUAGACAACUGUCAAUCUCAGUAGGCUGCUUCUUAAACAAAAUAUGUUUGUUUAAAAUGUUGCUAAGUAACAGCUAUAAAGACAACAAAUAAAUCCCAAUUUUUGCAGUAAGAA